UACAAUCACCUCAUGUGCAGGCUUCUCAAGAGUGGCCUGGCCUCCCUGCUGGAGUGAAGUUUGAUCCAUCCGAUGAAGAGCUGAUAGAACAUUUGGCUGCAAAGUGUGGGAUAGGGAAUUCGAAGCCACACAUGUUUAUUGAUGAAUUCAUCCCGACACUUGAAGGUGAAGAAGGGAUAUGCUACACCCAUCCAGAAAAUCUUCCUGGUGUUAAAAAUGAUGGAAGCAGCGUCCACUUCUUUUAUCGGACAAUCAACGCAUAUGCUAGUGGUCGGCGUAAACGCCGAAGGAUCCAUGUCCAAGAAAGUGCAGAAAAAGGACAUGUCCGCUGGCAUAAGACAGGUAAGACCAAAGCUGUGAUGCAAAACGGGAAACAAAAAGGUUGGAAGAAAAUCAUGGUUCUCUAUGAAACCUCAAAGAAGGGAUCCAAGCCUAAUAAAUGUAAAUGGGUUAUGCAUCAGUUCCAUCUGGGGACUGAUGAAGAUGAGAGGGAAGGAGAAUAUGUGGUUUCGAAGAUUUCGUACCAACCACAGAAGGAGACUGACAAGAAUGAGACUUCUUUGAAUCUUGAAGAAUCUGAUAUUGGGACAAUCCACACAAGUCCCAAGACUCCAAAUACUUAUAUUCCCUUUCCCCCUCGACCAGUGGAAACUCCUGAUGAAGAAUCUGAUAUGGGGAUGAUCCAGUCACCUCUCCAGCAGGAACUGGUGACUUUCAAAGAGUUGUCUCAUCCUUCAUCUUAUCCUCAGUCGAAUGAUCAAAUCGACUUUACCACUAGUUUGGCUGGAGAAUCCCAAGCUGUUGAUAUGGAUGAUCCACUAUUAUGCAACGAGAUAAUUGAUUCUUAUGCACAUUUGAGUGAUUUAAAGCCAAAACCUUCGUCGUACACUCAAGUUGCUCACAACAUAACCAACUUACCACUGGGAGAUGGAAAUGGUACCUUUGGAGCUGCUGAUCUCGAGAACUUAGAACUGGACACUCCACCAGAUUUUCAGCUUGAAGAUUUACAAUUUGCUUCUCAAGACAGUAUAUUUGAUUGGUUGGAUCGGUUCUAGCAAAAACUCUGCACAAGGGUGGAAGUGAAGUCCCUAGUUUUGUCCUGUCCCUAAUCAAAUUUCAGGUACAACUUGCAUUGGCAAUGCUAAAAAACCUGUCUUCUAGGGAUUCUGGGACUUUUCACGUUCCCUGUAUUUUUGGCAAGUGCUUUUGAUCUUAUCCGACGAAGCAAUGGAGUUUCAAUAUGUUGAAGCUCCAAGAAAGUCUCUAGCUUUGAGCAUCCUCAGCGUGUUUUAAUCAGAAUGUUCAGUUAAAUGUUCUGGUUCCACUGCCAUUACAAUGGAAAAUAAACCUACAUUAAACUAGAGACUUGUAUUGUGUGGAUCCGGUCACAUUAAAAGCUUAUUAUGUGUAUAGAUCCCUGAUAACAUAAGGGUAUGUUGUCUGUAAUUUCUUUCCUUGUUUUGGUUCCAUCAAUCUAACGAACGGUGCCUUCUUAUUUGUAACUCAAUUUGAAAAUCUAGGAUUUGUAUC